UCGUCAUUAAUCGGCAUUGCCAAUUGUCUUUCUCCACAACAUGUCUUUCGCCAGACAAUCAGUCCCUUCGGCGCGGCAGCUGCUGCGCAAUCAGCAGCCCCGUCGCUUUGCCUCUCAUGCCGCUCAUGCCGAGCCUGUGAACGAGAGCUUCGGCCGCAGUUUCUAUGUUACCAUUGGUGCAUUUGCCUCCGCCUACGUUCUUUACCGCCUGAGCAAGUCCACUGAGGAAUCGGGCUCGCAAUCGUGGAUCUCCAACCUCAUCCAAAAGUGGACGCCUUCGGAGAAGCUGUUUGAGGAGAGGAACGCCAUUCACACGGCACUUAUGGAGAAGGCCGCUCAGGAUCGCCAUCUGCUUCAGUCUCAGGGCCCUAGAGCCACUUUCGAAUUAAAGCAGCCCGAAGUCAGCUUCAAUACCUCUCCUCCUUACAAUGUCCCUGCUGGUUCAUCCGUGGACCUGAGUGCUGUCGUUGCUCAUUACGAGCAGCAGAACAAGCAGAUGGAAGAGGCCCGCGUCGCUCGUAUGAAGGACGGCAAGGUUGUAUCUCUAUAUGACUAGACAAAAUUGAGUCUUACUUCAAGAUCUUUUCAGAGCAAUGUCAGUGGCAGGCAUACACUAAGGGGGCGUGUUGUACAUAUUACAGAUUCAUUUAUGGUAGCCCCGUCAACGGUCCAUUUUACCGUUUCAUUAACCAGUCUCGUUUUAUCGCCGUUUACGAUGGAAAAGCCGGUCGAUAUUGCCUGGUAGCUCUUAUGUUCAUGCUUAUAUAUAUGCCUCAUCCCAAUGCAGUGAUUAUGUACUCCUGAGCGC